CCGGCUUGACCACGCUGCCUUGAGGAACAGGAAGAGUCCUGCUUUGACAUGUGUUUUGCAGAGGGGGGAGAGGAGCGGGCCGUCGCAGAGACAGCGUUCGGAUAUACAAGGCUUUAAUUUGGCAGCAAGAUGAAGAAGCAGGGGGAGAGCCAGUGCACUCAGAAGACCAUCUCAUUGCUGAGCCCCCUGGGGACGAUCCAAGUCAGUGGAUGUGAGAAUGGUGUGCACACCAUCCAGAUCCUAAUGGAUGUCGCACCUGCUGAAAGGAGCAGCGGGGCCCCCCUGAGCUGUGUGGUCAACGAUAGCCUGGCAGAAACGAGCCCUGAGUUGCAGCGCUGCGUUGAAUGGCUCCAGGCAUACUUCAGUGAGCCGCAGACCACUGGGAGUCUCCCGCUCCCUGCCUUUCACCACCCCGCCCUGCUAGGAGAUUCAUUCACCAGCCGCGUGCUGCAGGUACUUCUGAGGGACGUGACGUUUGGAAAGACAGUCUCAUACAAACGCCUCGCUGAGAUGGCGGGAAACCCCAGAGCGGUGCGUGCGGUGGGAGGGGCUAUGAGGAGGAAUCCGGUUCCUCUCCUCAUUCCUUGUCACCGAGUCAUUUCUAGCACUGGACAGAGUGGGCCGUACAUGAGCGGCAAGGGCAACCAUCUCAAACAAUGGCUGCUCACCCAUGAGAGGCAGGGAGGGGAAGGCUAAAGCAUGACAGAGCCCAACUGUCCUUCAGUCAGUACACACACACACACAUAUAUACACACAAGGCCAGUUUUUUUUUUUUUUUUUAUUCUUUUCUUUUUUUUAUUAAGAACACAAAACAGGGCCAUAAAGUUUUGCGUGCUUGGCACACACCGUGGAACAACUGGAGUAACUUGUAAAUAUUCAGUUUAUAAUCCUUUUUUUAAAUCUAAGAAUAGAGAUGCUGCAUAGUUAAUGUGAUACAGAGUUGUUGCAGAAUUAGAAUGUACAAAAAUAACUUAAACAGAGAACAGUAGGAAUUACAAACAUAUGCUCCCGUGGGUCUCCGUUGCGUUUGCCAGAUAGUGCUUGGAAUGGUUUUUCUAAAGAAUUAUUAUUCCCUUAAAAAUAUGUCUCUUGCAUUGUUGUUGUUGUUAUUUUUUUUCCUAAGCAGAAUUAGUCUUUGUACCUCUCGUUGGUUUUUUAAUUUCCUGCCAAGUGAAUGCUUUGUUCAACAUCCAAUGAUAAAGGCUCUGAAUUUUACGGCUACAAAGCUUUGUAGUGAAGCAUUUGUUUUGUCUUCAUUUAGAUCUCAUUGUUUGCUCUCGCCUUAUAAUCCACCUAGAGUGGAGUUGUCCUAUGCAUUUUCUACUGUAGUUUUGUUGCAUUAGACAUGUUUAAAUAAA